AAGGAUCAAACAUCAAAACCAAGACACGGAACUUUGAUCUAGGAUUCUAGAACUCUGCUGUGUGUCACCCCAGAACAACAACACAGGAACUUGUUUCUCAUUGCACACUGCUGCACACGAUUAGAGACACCUACAGUCUAUCACAGACAACUACAGUCUAUCACAGACAACUACAGUCUAUCACAGACAACAACAAAUAGUCUAUCACAGACAACUACAGUCUAUCACAGACAAUGGAACGAAGCCAAAAUCCAAGGACUCCCCGAGGACGGCGUGUUCGGUUUGUUGACACUGCUCCUCAUGACUACUCAAGAUCUCGUCCAGAUGUCCACCCUCUGCAAAUGGACCUUGACUCUGCUCACAGGAGGGCUGAGCGCCUGCAGGGUACAGUGGAUGAACUGGCACGUCAAAGGUCAGACUUACUAAUUAAUAGGACGAAGCUCUGCAAAACAUUACACAAUUAUAAAUGGCAGAUCGACAGACUGGAGGGACUUCUGAAGCUCAGGGAGAAUGAGUUCAAAACUGAGUUUAAGAAGAGUUACCAGACCAUUUCAUCAUUUGAGGCACAGGUCUCCUCCCUCCAGAAACAGCUGCAAUCUAAAAACGAGGAGUUAGAAAAAAUCCAGCUCCUGAGGAAGCAGGAAAAUGAAGAAAUGACCGCAAGGCUGGAGUCAGAGAAGAAUAAAGUCCAGGAGAGCGCUGUGCUGCAGAAUGACUUGCAGCAGAAGUUGAAAAUGAUGGAACAACAACUCCUCCAGAAGGACAAACAGAUCAUGGAUCUGCAGAGGAACAACCAUGAUCUCUCUCACAAGCUCACAGAGGCUAGUGCUGAAUUUCAAAGCAACAACGCUUGGCAGACCAAAUACAACGCUCUGCAGGAGAAAUUCACAGAGGAGAUGGUCACUAAACAACAGAGCUGUGAGGCCACCACAGAACAGUUGGUGCAGGAGAAGAAGAAAGUGGAGGAGCUUCAGCUGAAAAUGAAAAAUGAAAAGACAGAAAAAGACAAAAAAGACCAGGAAAUGAAAAAUAAGGGCAAACAAGAGAUUGAUCGACUCUCCCAGAAGCUCACAGAGACAACAAGUGAGCUGAGGAGCUGCAGAGUUGAAUUUCUCCAGAGCUACAAAGCUUGGCAGGGAGAAUACAACGCCCUGGAGAAGAAAUUCAAAGAGCAGUUGAUCCAGAAACAACAGGACUCGGAGAAGACAUCGAAACUGGUGGAGGAGGAGAAGAAGUCCCUGCUCCAAAAAGAAGAGGACACGGAGAGGAGUCAGACAGAAAGAGUAACGAGUAAUGAAGGAACAGUUGUCACAUCAGGGAUACAAACAGAGGAGGAGAAGAAGAAGAAGGGAUUUCUGAGCUGCAUCCACAAAAAGAAAAGCGGUGACAGCCAACCUGAGGGGGGGGAGGCUCCUUGUUGUACGACUCAGGUCGCACAACAGUUCGCACAACAGUAGCUUCCUCUUCCUUCCCCCCUCAUCCCUCUAUCUUCCCUCCAUCCCCCCUCACUCCACUCCCCAUUUUCCCCAUCAUGUGUCCAUUCAGCCCCUACCACUCCACCGUUUGGGGGCAGCAUGACUUUGGAGGUGGUCUAUGUUUGAUCCAGGCUCCUCCAGAGGCAUGUCAAAGAGAACUUUGCCUUUCAGGGCAGCACAGAAACACCACCAUCUUGUUUCUGUGUGGAGUUCUCCAUGUGUCUGCGUGGGUUUUCUCCUGGUGCUCAGGUUUCCCCCACAAAGACAUUAAAUGUUCAAAAAAAAAAAACU